AAAUCGGGUAAGGUACGAGUGUGGAAUUAACGGAAGUUAAGUUUUCAAUUACAUUAUAAACUUUAUCAAUUUCCUUAGAAAAUGGCUGAUUCUUCAAAUAUUGUUGAUUUGCAGGGAAAAAGUCCUAAUUUAGUUCUUAAUAAAAACUUUGCUAGUAACGUUGUAACGCGAUAUCAUAAUUUUAAUGAAGCUCAAACAGAAAGGGAAACAAAAGCUCAUCGUGAAUUUGAAAAUUUAGUUCGUAAACAACACACAAACAAAAAGUUAAGUCGUUCUGAGAUAGGUACCCUUUAUAGCGAUCUUAUUUCUGAAGAUAAUAAUGCAAAAGAUGAACUGUGUAGUUUAAAAAAAAAAAAAAGAAUAAUAUCACCGUUUCAGCAAGUGCAAAAACUUGUCUCUGAUGCAGCAAAGUUUAAUGAUGAACACGAGGAGGGUGACCAAUUAAAAAAAAAUCAACUUGUCAAUUCAACUAAUACUAACAAUGCUAAAGCGGUAGUUCGAAAAAGUCGAAUAAAUGUGGAUAAAACAAUGCUCAGAAAUUAUUUAAAGCAUACAACUGUUCAUAAUCGAAUACAAGAGGAAGAAGAAAUGUGGGAGCAGUAUUCUACGCAAAAAAAGAGAAAGAUUUCAUCUCUAACUUCUGCAAGUGCUAAAAAAGCUAAUAGUGCAAGUGGUUCAAUGUAUGCUGACAAAGAAGAAUAUCAUGGGAAAAAGGCUAAGAGCAGUAACAUAAAACAAGUUAACAACUUUGGUAAAUAUACCAAAAAACUACUCAAAGCCAAAGAGCAGGAUCCUAACAGGUGGGAUAAUAGUGGUUUUAAAGAGCUGUAUGCACAUGAGUUAAAAAAAUCAAGUAAAUCUCUUACAAAAGAUUUGGUUCAAUUUUCUGAUGAAAAAUCUUCUGAUAGUGAGUGGGAAGAGAGUGUAGUAAGAAUAAAUAAAUCAAAUGGAAAUCCAAAAAGAAAAGUUUUUAUAAGCGAUAAUGACAGGAAUUUAGACAAAAGAGAAAGUGAUGAUGAACCUUUAUAUGUAAAAACCAUUCAAGCUAGAGAUAAAAAAGAAAAGGUUUCAAAAAAUUAUGGGUUGCAAUCAAAUCUAAAAACUAAUAAUAAAGAUAAAAUAAAGAAUAACUUUGUGAAAUCGAAUCAUAAAGAUUUUGAAUCACUAAAAGAUCAAAUGAACAUCGAGGUUACCAGUACACCGCAGCGUAUAAAAAGUCUAGCAAUUGUAAAACCACCAAAUAUUCUGAUUAAAGAAUGUUCCUCAAAUGUUGAGAUAAAUUGUGAUAUUAAUAAAAUGGAUAAGAGUGUUAAAAAUGAUGAAAAAAAACAUAACAGGGAUAAUUUACAAGUGAGCUCUGAUACACUAAAAAAUACUAUUCAUGGACACUCAAAAAAAGAUAAAAAUCGAAUAGUUUUAAAAAAUAAACAUAAAAAUGGUGAGAAUAUAAAAACAAAAUUAGAAGAAAGCUCUUUUAGUGAUUCUUCCUUAAGUGAUUCGUCAUUAAGUGAUUAUAGCAGUAGUACUGAUUCAAGUUUUUCAUCAAGCUCCUCUGAUGAAAAGUAUUCAAAAUCAAAGAAACUGAAGAAGAAAUCGUCAAAACAUAAAACAACAUUUUCAGACUAUGAUAGUGAUUGUUUACCUAAAAAAUAAAAGCUGGUAACCAAGUGGAUGAUGACAAAGUUUUACAAAAUAUCUUAUUUUUUAAUUAUUUUGUUAGUUUUUAUAAAAUUAAAAGCUUUAAUGAGUUUAUUAUAUAAUAUUAAAAAUAUUAUUACAAAUACAUUUUUAUGUUUUGUUAUUGUAUGUGCAAUACAAAUGUUAUGUGCAUUUUUUUCAAUGUGUUUCACAAAAUUGUUUUUUUUUCAAAUUAACUUUAUAUUAGCUUAUUAUUACUCUGUGAAAAGGCUAUUUGGAAUAACUGUGCAUAGCAUAUGUAUUUAUUUGCUUAACAAUUAUUUAUUGUUCUCUAUAUUUUUGUUUAUCUCAUUAAGAACUACUUUUUUUAUAUAAAUAAUUUCUCUAAUUUAUAAAGUUACAAUAUUAUAAACAUUUUCUAUAAAUUGUUAUAAUUAUUACACUAUUUAUUUUUAAUUAAUGUGUUAGAUAAAAAUUUUAGCCAGUGUGGUGUGCUGUUAUAUGUAGAAAAUCUUCCUAAUUAUUGGAAUGUUUUUAUAGUUUUAUUUUAA